AAAAAAAAUACAGAUAAAAAGAAAUUUGUUCUAAAAGAUAAAUUUGAUAAAUCACACGUAUAAACAACCAAAAACGGAAACGGACAUGCGCCAUAUUGUAUAAAGAAAAUUACAACAAUAACUACUAACAAGAAACAAAAACAGUUGGUAUGGUAGUGGUAACGAAAGCAGCAAACAACCACAAAGAUAAAAAAAAUUUGGCAGCAAAAACAGUUAACACUCUUUGUUGCACACACACAAAGAUACAUUAAAGAGCCAGUGGUAUUAACAGCAAAACAAGUUAAGAGAGAGAGUGAGAUAUAAGAAAAAGAGAUUGAGUGCCAAACCAUUGAGUAUGUUUAAAAAUAAAGCACUCAUUGUAGUAAGACAAAAAUAAGAGUUAAUAAAACCAGUUGAUACUUCUAAACGUUAAGAUAAAAGCAAAUUGUGAGAUGGCUUUUACGCGCCAUCAAAUAGAAAAAAGACGUUUAAUUGAAUUGGUUAAAUUGAAUCCCAUUUUGUGGGAUUGUCGUUUGCCCCACUACAAGCGAUCGGACAAGAAAAAAGCCUUGAAAUGGAAUGAAUUGGGUCGCAUAUUCAGUGUAAAUGGUGAACGAGUGCAAAGAACUUUUACUUCAUUGAGGGAAAUAUUUCGCCGAGAAUUGAAUCAUGAGAAAAUGCUGGGCGCCCGAUUUAAAUCCAAAUGGGAGUAUUAUGAUGAAAUGGCUUUUCUGAAGGAGGUGAUAAGAGAAAGAAAAUCACGAGAACGUGCCAAAUCCAAUGAUGUCAUGCCGCCCAAUUUGAAUAACACCAAUAAUAACACCUCUACCGGCAUAGAUGAGUACCAGUAUUUUGCUCCCAAUGAUCCCAAUAAUCCACAAAACCAAUCCACCACACCGCCUAUAACAGCUACACAGGCCUCACUUUUGCCCCUAACACAACCCAUAACGGUAUCACAAAUACUACCUACUACCACACAUAAUGGCAACUCAACACCAUUGCUGCCGCCCCUAAAUCCUAGCAAUUUGUCCCUACCCAUGACAACUAUAGCCACCACCCAACUACAACCAGAUGUUUUACUUAAUCUAACACCCACAACUUUGGCAGCUUUACAAAAACUUAAUGCAUCUAAUUCUACUUUUCCAAAUCAACAACCCUCACGACCUUUGUCAAGAGCCCGAUCUCUAACCAUACGCUCUUGCUCCUCUUCGCCCUCCAUUUACAUAAAAGACGAACCCGAUUCGUUAGAGGACACCAUUUCGUUGGACACCAAUUCCAAUGGUAAAAUCAAAGAUACUCACAAAUCUCUAAACAGCCGUUCCAAGGAUACUUCCUCUAAACUUUUAUUAAAUUCCAAAAAUCUUAAUUCCUCUACCCAAAAUCUAGUCAUAGAUGAGCGAGACUGUUCGGAUUUGGAUGAUGAUCCUGAUGAUGAUGUUGAUAUGCUGGACGAUCGCCUAUCGAUUGCCACUUCCCUGCAAAGUCUUAAUAAGGAACCUCCAGUCGCAGCAGUUGGUAAUAACAGUCAUCAUCCCACGCCUCGUUCCCAGCCAUUGCAUAAUUUGUAUCCCAAGCCAACAGCAAGAGAAAUACUUUAUACGAAAUUUGGAGAAUUUUUGGCGGCUCGUUUGAAUACUUUAAAUGAGACGGUGGCCAAUGAGUUGAUGAAUAAAAUUUUAAUGUUAAUUGCAGAGAAGUAAGUGAGG